AUGGGCACGUUUGGCCUGUGGUCAGCUUAUGGAGCAGUAGGACGAACAGUUCGAACACUAUUCUUCGUUAGCACUGCAAUAAUAAUUGCGUAUUCAAUUGCCUGCAUCGCCUACGGUGCUUGGUUGGCGUCAACGCGAGGGCAAUAUGCCGAACUUUUGGCUCCAUCACUUUAUGUGGACGUCGCCAGAAUCCUUCUAGUCGUCUCCAUACUCACUAUUGUCAAUGAGCUCAUUUGUAUAUUCUCCGUUGUUAAAGAGCUCCGAUUUUGGGUUUAUGCAUCCGCGGUGGCAUCUGUCAUCAUAUUUAUCAUGCUAUUCGUUGGUGGUAUCAUGGGUCUAGUGUUCCGAUCACAGCUCACGACUCAAAUCCCUUUGCGUUUGAAAAUGUUGACGUCAUUGAAAGAGCUCUACGGUACAGCCGAAAUGCAACAAGUCACGGAUGCUUGGGAUCAGUUGCAGUCUAAUUUUGAAUGCUGUGGCGUCGACGGAACGGACGACUUGCGAGUUUGGCGCGCGUCCAAAUGGUACAUGCAUCAGAAAGUGGUACCAAAAAGUGUCUUGCCUGCUUCGUGCUGUGUUCCGGGAAAAGUAAACGAGUGUCGAUCUGGGGACCUGAAAGCUCCAAACAAUGCAACCACCUACACCGCUACCUGCUACAUGCCUUUACGGACGGACUUGCUUUACGUGGUGAACGUAGCCGCAUGGAUGGCCAUUGUGGGCAGUGUUGUACAGCUGAUCCCUGCAAUACUGAGCUCGUUCUACGCAAGGUUAAUCAAGAAGUGA